UUAAAUAAAUGGGCUUCUUCCACUCCAAUUUCAUGCUGCAAAUCAAUCCACAACAAGAAGAUGAUCACCACACUACACAAUUUCAUGGUGUGGCGUCUUCGCUGCUAGGGAAGAGACCGUUGGACGAAGAUUAUACGAACAAUAACAACAUUAUUAAUCAUUGUGGGGACGAUGAACUAUCGGACGACGGAUCAAACAUCGGAGAGAAGAAGAGGAGACUGAACAUCGAACAAGUUAGAACGCUCGAAAAGAGCUUCGAGUCUUGCAAUAAGCUCGAACCGGAGAGGAAGAUCCAGCUGGCACGUGCCCUAGGGUUACAGCCACGUCAGAUAGCCAUUUGGUUCCAAAAUCGAAGAGCGAGAUGGAAGACCAAGCAGUUGGAGAAAGACUACGAUCUUCUUAAGAGGCAGUUCGAUGCUGUUAAGCUUGAAAACGACGCGCUUCUGACAUUGAACCAGAAACUUCAUGCUGAGAUAAAGGCGUUGAAGAAGAGGGAGCCGACGGAGUCGAUAAACCUGAACAAAGAAACGGAGGGUUCGAGCAGCAACAACAGAAGCGAAAACAGUUCAGAAAUGAAGAAUAUUGCAUUAUCAGAUAUUAAUUAUUAUUCAUCAAGAAAUGAUGCAUCAAUUGACGGCCCGUUAACUGCAGCAAUAAUCAGGCCUCUUUUCCCGUCAAGAGUAACGGACAAUAUCCAAACCGCCGUUAAGGAAGAAAGCCGCAGUAGCAGCUUGUGUAACUUGUUUUGCAGCAUGGAUGAUCAGACUGGGUUUUGGCCUUGGCUAGACCAACCAAAUUUCAAUUAAUUAUUUAUUAUUUAUUAUUUAGUUAAUUGAUUAUAUUAUAACAAUUCAAAAUUUAU